GUAUAUGUGUGUAUGUGUGUAUGUGUGUAUGUAUCUUGAACUGCGUUGCCGUCGUCAAGCCGAUUAAUUGUUCUCUCUCUCUCUCUCCCUUUGUUGUUUCCUGUGGUUCCUGCGUGAUGCGGCUCUGGGGUUCUCGGAAGCCCGGCGCCUUGUUGUUCCGGGCCCAAGAAAGCAUCUUCCACUUUACGCGAGAAACAAGGCUCCGUCGCGUCUCCCAGUUGUCCCGCAAAUCGCACUCUCGUCUGCAACCAUCUAUUGUAGUCGCCGUCAAGGGGAAAAAUGCGCUGCCUCUGCUGCUUUGCGUUUGCUUGCGUGGUUUCGUGCACAUCACUAACUCUCUAAAUGCCAUAGUAUCUAUCCCAUCUCAUUUCUUUUUAAGGGGUCCUUGCUCUUCUUCCAUUGGUGCAUUUCCGUCACCCGCUGCGCCUUGCCCGCUCAUCUGUUAUUGAUUACUUUCAUCAUCCAUCCAUCAUGGCUGCAGCAAGUACGUGGGGUAAUAAAAUAUACUCUGCUACGUACAGCAGUGUGCCCGUCUAUGAGUUCAAAGUGGGCUCUGAUAAUGUUAUGCGACGGCGUGCAGAUGACUGGAUCAACGCGACCCAUAUUCUCAAGGUAGCUGGGCUGGAUAAACCCGCGAGAACCCGCAUUCUCGAGAGGGAGGUCCAGAAAGGCGUCCACGAGAAGGUCCAGGGCGGGUAUGGAAAAUAUCAAGGAACAUGGGUGCCGCUUCAAGAGGGUCGAGAAUUAGCUGAGCGGAACGGGAUUCUUGAUAAGCUCCUACCCAUUUUUGACUUCGUUGCUGGGGAUAGGAGCCCUCCACCAGCUCCGAAGCAUACAACGGCUGCAUCGUCGAGACCAAGGGUACAAAAAACUGUCGCCCCCAAUAGAAGACUUGUGUCUGAAGAGUUGUCAUUCUCCCCAAGGAAACAGCAGCAAGCUGUACAACCGCCGAUGUCACAACCAAGCUUUAGUCAAGAGCCGCAUUUCUCGGCUGUUAACCAGUCGUUCCGUGACGAUGAAUCAGUCGCACAAGCAAGCAUGGAGUCGUCCUCCAUGAUUGCAGAGGAGGAUAUGGCCCCGAUGUCCCAGCACUCGACGCAAUCGCGGAAACGUAAGCGUGGGCUGAAUGAAGUCAGUCUAAGCAUCAUCGAGCAACAGCAUAUCAUCUAUGGUGACCAACUCUUAGACUACUUCAUGACUGUGGGAGAUGCCCCCGCAGCAACAAGAAUACUGCCCCCAGAACCACCGGCGAAUUUCCAAGUUGACAGGCCCAUCGAUGAUCAUGGAAAUACCGCUCUUCACUGGGCGUGUUCUAUGGGCGACAUCGAUAUCGUUCGAGACCUAAUAAAUCGAGGCGCGAAUGUAAAAGCGUUGUCAAAUCAUGACGAGACUCCACUAGUUCGCGCGGUUUUAUUCACCAACAACUAUGAAAAGGGGACCAUGCAGGAUUUGGCGGACCUCCUCCAAGAAACGAUCACGUUUAGAGACUGGUUUGGGGCAACUGUCUUCAACCACCUGGCCGCAACAACAAGGAGUAAGGGCAAGUGGAAGAGUUCGCGAUAUUAUUGUCAAGUAUUGAUGGAUAAACUAAAUGAUAUUCUACCUCCUCAUCAGAUCUCCUUGCUUCUAUCUUCUCAAGAUUCGAAUGGCGACACAGCUGCUCUAGCAGCGGCCAAAAAUGGCUGCUACCGGCUAGCUACCAUGCUUUUAUCACAGUGUCCCGAAGCUGGUGAUAUUCUCAAUAAAGCGGGAGAAAGUGCCAACGCAAUCCUUCAAACAAUUUCCCGUCCCCAUAAAGACAAUCCACCAGCGCCGUCAUCAGUGACCCACCACAGUGUUACAGACACGGAUCACGCUGAGUUGAAUAAUACCUCAGAUAAUACAGCUGUCUACCGACCUUCAACCAGCUCCGAAGUCACCGCAUCACUUUUAUCAAAAAUAGGAUCCAUCGUGGAUGAGGCCAGCAGAAAGCUAGCCUUAGCUUAUGGCGAUAUAAAGUGGCCACCCCAGGGCGAGGAAGACUUUGGAAACCCACAAGGGCUGUAUGAACACGUGGAAUCGGAUCGGGAAAAUAUUCGGAAACAAGCAGCAUCUCUAACCGCAAAGGAGAACGAAACCGAUGACCUAGAAGGCAAACUAGAACGUUUCAACAAGGUAAAGCGAGACUACGAAUCUCUCCUAGAGCAGGUUCAACGACUCCAUCUCCUCAAACGUCUCCAGAACGCUAGGGUCGAUCCGGAGUCCCGGGCUGCUCAGAUAAACUCUAGCGGAGGCGGAGAGGGCUCGGGCUCGAGUUCCAAUAACAACACCACCAGCAACAGCAACAAUAAGACUCCCGAGGACCUCAACCUCUUAUACCAGGUUACCAGCCAGCUCUUCGAGGCCCAAAAAGCCCGCCAAAAAGCCAUCAGAGAACUCAUCCAGCAAAAAGCAGAUGCCGGCGUGAGCACCAAACUCGACGUUCACCGCAAGCUCGUCUCUCUUGCAACCGGUCUACCAGAAGAAGAGCUGGACCCGAUGUCUAGCGAGUUAGCCAAUGCGCUCGAAUUUGACCGUGCAAAUGAGAAGAGGCCGGAUGAUCGCGAUCUUGGCCUGGACGGUGCUUUGGAUCGGGACGAGCACCAGCACUUCGAGUAUCAGCAGGAGAAAAAGCAACAGCAGCAGGCGCUAGUAACCCGGCGUGACUCUAUGGGAAUGCAGUUGUCCAUGUCCAUGUCUGAACGGGCUGUUCCCGGCUAAUGGGGCGGGUGGCUUUUCCGGCCCGUUUCUUAUCUGUUUGACCUCGGGGAGGGGGGAGAUUUUUUUUUUUUUUUUUUCUUUUUUCCGGUUGGCUUUAGACAUGCCACCUCAUUUUCAACGGACGUGUUGUAUCUACUUCAACAUCGACUUCUCUUUCGAAAAAGCCCGAUCUCCUGGAUUCGCAUAGCACGUUCAUGAAAACUGUAACGUGGGAACCUACCUACCUUCUCCAGAAGCCUGCCAGCAUAUCUCCCGAAUCUCCCAUUGUAUUUCUUGACAUUGGUAAUAUCAGGCAUGUCUUGUAACCUACCUACCUUUCUGUCUAUCUAGGCGAUCUUGUCCGCCAUCUUUACCUACGUUUGCAUGGUCAGCACCACCUUCACUUGAACGAACAUCGGCUAUGUGUAUCCAUCGGGUUCGUUUUCAUCUACGCCCUCCCUCCCUGGACCGCAAAAUGAGGGUGUUUCUUGUUAUUAUGUCUAUGUCUAUGCCUAUCUACCUGUUCCCUUUCCCUUUUUCCUUUUUUUCUUUUUACUCUCUUCACCCCUAUCGGUGUUUACGAUUUUUUCUCUUACAGCAGCCAGUUCGCUACUGGGUAUGCUUUGUAAUGUACAUGUGAGCAUGCGUGUAUGGGUGUCUAUAGUAUGGGUUUUCUUUUUCCUUCUCUUUUUUAAUUUUCUUUUUCUCUGUACAGUACAUUACAACUAUAAUAUUUAGGGGGUGUGUAUGGGUCUGAGAAAAGCUCUCUAAAUAUAAUCCAACCCUCUCUUUAUCCUUUCUUUUUUCUCUCCUAUUCUCCUCCUCCUUUCUUCGCCUUUAUGUUUUUCUUAAGAAGGGCUUUGUUUGGUCCUCUAACUUCCCGAGGUGUUUUCAAUUUCGCGAUUCCUUUCCUUGUUCUACUUUCCUAGCCCUCUUCCCACCCUCCAAGCCUUUUGAAUCAACACUCUCCAGGCCGUUGUUAUGUACAAUGUGUGGGCGGGGUGAUUCCUGACCUUCAUCCAUUGACGGUCCUUUUUGGGCUCCAUCGUCCCCGAUUUUCAUCUCCUCGUCUGAUUACAUACAUAAUUUCGUUUACGUUUUGUGACGGAGGAGCGUUUCCCCGCGCGCGUAGCGGAUGAAACGUGAUAUCACUAUCUCUCGGGAGUUAUAUCUUGAUCAUAUCAUUUUAUUUAUUUAUUUAUCUAUUUAUAUAUUUUGUAAAGGAAAUAUAAAUGAUGUAAAUGACUCACUUGGUCAACACGGGGGAAAAAACAGGGGGCCGCUUCCACUGGAUCUCAGUACCAGGACCCCCCCGUUCAUAUAACCUCUAGUUAUUCUAUUCCCAGGUUGGUACAUUACAUACUCCCCCCCUCUUCCAUCCUCUUCUCAACUCCAAACCCACAUAAUGCCGUCAAGCUUUUCCCUCGAUCAGUCGCCAAGUAUGGGCAAACAAGGAGGUUUGGCUCCUUCAAAAACCCACAAUCACAGAUUCACCUGAUAUCAAACGGGGCGGGAAUCCUUGGAACCCGUAUUCCAUUUCUGUUUUCAAAAAAAAAAAAAAAAAAGGGAGAGAGGGAGAAACCCAGACAACACAACUUCCAUGAUGAAACCACCCACAUCACCAUUAUAAAUAAAUACGUAACCUGGCCUUGUGGGAGGAGGGGAGGGCGGAAUAGCACCAGGUCACCAGGUCAGAUUUUGUGAUAGAUUAUUUAAUGAGUGAGUUAGUGAGUGGUGAGGUGCGAGGUUGCGACGGAUUUGAGUGAGUUUGGAGAGUGUUGUGUUAAGUUGAGUGGAUGGGAGAUGCUGGCUGGGAGAGCGAUGUAACUAGAGAUGUAGUAGGAACCUUUCGGGUAUGGUUCUUUUUGCGGGUGAGGGGGGCCAGCUAGAGAGGGGAGAAGAUAUUCUUUUUAUUUUUGAGAUGAUACAUAUAUAUAUAUAUUUGAAGAUUUAUCUAGUGGUCAGAAGUACAGAGGAAAUGAAUGUGUGCA